CACAAAGGAUGCAUACACUUGUGUAGGUAUCGCUUUAUAAGCAGAAUACUGGAUGACAAUAUACUUAUACCAGAAGGCAGCAAACUAGCGAGCAUGGUUACAGGAUUUCAUUUCGUAGUCUUUGCCAUUGGAAGCAUCGCGGUAGGAUUCACGUGCGAUAAAAACGAUGACCACUGCAUUGGUAACCUUGAUAUUGAUUACUCCUUCACAAUGAUUGACCCCCAAAAAGGGCCAGUUUAUGCUAAGGACCGCUUCCUCUUUACUGUUGACGGAGACGAGGAAGUGCCAACAUCGGACGUGAUUACUGCGGAUGGAUGGAACUCGACAACCACGAAUUUGUUGACCGCCAAUGGAAAGAUGCCAGGGCCUACUAUAAUCUUGAAUCAAAAUCAGAAGGUGACAAUUACUGUUAAAAAUAAACUGAUGAAUGAGGCUGUGACCGUCCACUGGCACGGUAUAGAUCAACUCGGAUGGCCUGCAAUGGAUGGUGUCGCGUACGUAACACAAUGCCCUAUUUCACCUGGACAGUCAUUCGAUUACACAUUUCAGCCCCGCUUUGGAGGUACGUUUUGGUACCAUUCCCACGUCGGCAACCAGAGAGAUUUAGGACUAUUUGGAGCCUUGAUUGUUCUCAGAGAGGAAGACGAUAUAACAAGACAACAUGUUAUUCAGUUACAGGAGUGGAACCAUCUUUACGACCCCGUCGCCAAGCUGAAAGCAAAUCUGAAGGGAAGCGGGGAUGACCAGAAAUCCAUACUUAUAAAUGGAAGGGGAGAGUUCAAAGAAAAUGGCGCGCCGCUUGAAGAGUUCACCAUACACAGAAACCAACAGCACCGAUUUCGAUUGAUUCAUGUAGGUUCAGGUGACACGUUCUCGUUCUCUGUACCUGGUUUAAAAUUGAUUAUCAAAGAAACUGAUGGUUUUAAAGUUGACCCAAAAAUCGUUGAUCAAAUAAUCAUUUACUCAGCCGAACGGUAUGAUUUUGAGCUCGAUCUACAAUGUAUGCUUGAAAGUGACACCUAUGAAAUGAUAGUGAAAAUCCUGACAGGUUCUGAAUUAACAGAGAAGAAUGAUGUCAAGGGCGUAGCUAUCAUUAAGGUUACCGGCACUUACCAGUCUCCAGAGAACAGUUGGAAAUUUUCUCCGUUUGGAAGAGAAUGUCAUGAUUCUAUAAGUAAAUCCGACAUAACUCUAAAUUGUCCGUUUGAAAAUUAUCCAAACCAACCACUAAGAAAAUGUGUGCCAGUCUCUAACUUGGUUUCCACUUUUACAGAAACAACUGAUAUGAUAACAGGAUCCUCUAAACAAUUUUUUUUGAAUUUUGCGUUUGUAGGAGGCCCGUCUGUAAAUGGACGUAAGUUUAUAUGGCCAACCGUAUCAGCUCUCACACAAAAUGAUGAAGUCGAUACAAAUUGUGAUAAGUGCAAGGAUGAAGGGGCAUGCGCUUGCACUUACGCCAUAACGUUGCCUUACGAAUCCGAAAUAAUUAUGAUAUUCCUCAACCUCGGAAAAGGAGGAUCUGUGCAUCAUCCGAUCCAUAUGCAUGGACACACCUUUGAAGUUUUGAAAAUGGAGUUCCCAAAAAUUGAAAAAGAUCCAGAUACCGGUAAAGAUAAAUUAAUACCAACUGAAGACAUUCGAUGUAGCAAAGAUAAACCAAAUGCUGAGAGCGAUUGCAACAACGCUGAAUGGAGAGAUCCCUCCUGGAAUGACUAUAAAAUUAUCCCAGGGAUCAACCUUAACAAUGCAGUCCGAAAGGACACUUUAGUGGUGCCUGUCGGCGGAUAUGCCAUCAUACGAAUCUAUGCAACCAAUCCUGGAGUAUGGUUUAUGCAUUGCCAUAUUGACCGUCACAUGAUGGGAGGGAUGGCGGUCAUGUUAUAUGAAGCCCUGGAUCAGGUUAAAGAUCUCCCCGAUCUUCCAACGUGCCGCAGCUUCAGAGAUGACGAGAGCACCGGAAACGAUGGCGGGAUCGAUGAAACUCUUCGCAAGAAAACAGAACUCUGAAUAUAUAGAAUUUAAUAUGAAUAAUAUUUUUGAUUAAACAUAUAUACACUGUAUAGGAAAAUAUGCAUUCUAAUAUUUGAGACAUCCCUUUUUCUGGUUGGCUUACAAAUAUCCACAAUAGAAAGAUAUAUAUCAGCUAUAUAUCCAAUUCAUUGCAGGACACUUAAACAAAGAAAUGAUAUUGUUGUAUAAAGAAUUUAUUUGAAAUAUAAUUAGACGAAUUCAUACUUUUAGUAUCGCAUAUCAAUGCCUGUUAAAAUCAUCAUAUUAAUAUGUUAUUUACAUCGCAUUAAAAACCAGUAGGGAUGUUAAUUUUGUAUUCUUUAUGGUAUUAACGAGAUUGAUCGUCACCUUUUCAUCAACAAGACAACAAUCUUGGAGUCAAAUCUUGCUGUUUAACUACCUUAUUCUGUAAUCUGAUAGCAGUUCCUGUAUAUUCUGAGAUUGACACUGUUUAGGAAGAAGGGUCACUUUCAGGCGUACUCAUAGGCGCCUGGGUCAAAGAUAUUGCACUAUAACAUAUAUGUAGACAAUGGAGAAAAUUCGACCCGAAUAAAUAUUUCUCUCCGA